AGUGUCCCUUUACAGCUUUACAUGCUCUUGCAUGCUUCUCUAAUGUCCGGGCCGUAGAUGCACGAAUUUAAGUCCAGCAAUGAAAAGUAGCACGAAGAUGAUAUUGUCUGUGAUAUUUUACUUAAUCACGUCGUCAGUUAGUGAAGCGACAGGUAUAUACGACAAGCUCAAGUAUUUUGAAACGCUCAAGGUCACGGAUUUAAGUCACAAAAUCACUAAGCGAGGGACACAACCCAGCAGGCACAAAUUCAACACAAUCAAGGAAGUCAGCUUUAAAGCUCAUGGGAGGGAUUUUCGUUUGAUUCUGAAUCCCACAAAAGGACUUUUGUCGGCCCAUUUUAAGGCUUAUACCGUGGACGGUUCUGGCAAUAAGCGGCCGGUGUGGGUAGAUCAGAACCAGUUUUAUGAAGGAAGAGUCUUUGGUGAACUGGACUCGAACGUCAGUGCUCAUUUGGACGAUGGAGUGAUGACUGCUUCCAUCAGAGUCCAGGAUGAGAUCUACGUCGUAGAACCGUCGUGGCGACACAUUCCAGACAACGACAAUGCCACUAUGAUAGUGUAUCGUGACUCUGAUGUCAACUACUCUUGGGACCACAAUCACGGAGUGGAAUCAUUAACGCGGUAUUGCGGUUACAUGAAGGAGGGCAACAUCUCCGAGCCAGUGGAUCCUACAGAUCCCGGUCCGCUGUCGGAAAGGCACGGCCACAAAGAGAAAAGACAGGCGGCAGAAGCAUAUCGGUGGGAACCUGUGCAAACGCGCUGUUCUCUGCUCCUGGUUGCUGACCACCGGUUCUACGAGAACAUGGGUGGCCGGAACCUGAAGAGUACGAUAAACUUUCUGAUAACGCUGAUAGAUCGGGUCAACAAGAUAUUCCUGGACACAGAAUGGAAGGACAGCGACCGACAGCCGGGAUUCCGGGGAAUGGGAUUUGUUAUUCAGGAAGUGAUGGUUCACACAGAAGCAACACCCGUACUACGCAACGAGGUGCACUACAACAUGGCCAACAUGCCGUGGAACGUGCGGGACCUGCUUGAGGUAUUCUCUCGCAGCUUGAAUCACCGCUGGUUCUGCCUGGCUCACUUAUUCACUGAUCAAAAGUUUGAAGGGGGCAUCUUGGGCCUCGCCUAUGUGGGUUCUCCACGUAGGAACUCUGUAGGCGGCAUCUGUAGUCCCGGUUACGUUAAAAAUGGAUACACUUUAUAUCUCAACUCCGGAUUGAGCACAUCUCGCAAUCAUUAUGGUCAGCGUGUGAUAACCAGGGAAGCUGACCUCGUCACGGCACAUGAAUUUGGUCACAACUGGGGAAGCGAGCAUGACCCAGACCUUUUGGAAUGCUCCCCUGACUCACAAAGGGGAGGAUCUUAUUUGAUGUAUACAUACUCAGUGAAUGGUUACGAUCCCAACAACAAGAAAUUUUCACCGUGCAGCGUGAGGUCAAUACGAGCCGUCUUGCUGGCAAAGGCUAGCAAGUGUUUCUCCAAACCUGAGGAAUCAUUCUGCGGAAAUUCACUUGUGGAAGAAGGUGAACAGUGUGAUGCAGGGCUUAUCGGCAGUGAAGACAGCGACCCGUGCUGUGAUGAAGAGUGUCGCCUUAAGCCUAAUGCCAAAUGCAGUGACAGGAACUCUCCAUGCUGUCGUAGCUGCGACUACUCACCCACGGGAGUGAUGUGCCGUGAAGCACAGCCAAAUGCUUGUAAAAAUGAAGCCCAUUGCACUGGGGCCUCGGCAGAAUGUCCACCUUCGAUGCCACAGAUGGAUGACACUCCAUGCUUAGACAAAGGGAAAUGCCGUGCUGGAGAAUGCAUGCCGUACUGUGAGACACGAGGGGAGAUUUCCUGCAUGUGUGACACAGAGGCAGAUGCGUGUAAAAGGUGCUGUCGUCCGUCGCACAACGCGACGUGCAAGCCCACGGAUCCGGUGGAGGUACUCAGGGAUGGAACGCCAUGUAUCCAUGGGUAUUGUGAAAAGGGAAAAUGUGAGAAGACUGUGCAAGAUAUCGUUGAAAGAUUCUGGGACAUUAUCGAAGACAUUGACAUCAAUACUGUUUUGAAAUUCCUGAAUGACAACAUCGUGGGCACUGUGGUUGUCGUGUCAAUCAUUGUUUGGAUUCCACUCAGCUGUCUAGUGAGCUAUGUGGAUAACAAAAGAAGGGUAGAACAUGAGAGAGCAAAGAAGAGCUGCAGGAAGAGGGAGAGCCUGUUGCCAUUCCGUCCACCUUCAGAUAGCAGCGUGAAGAUGGUGCGCAUUGCGCGACGUCAGCCUCCGCAGCCGUCCCAGCCUCCUCAGCCUGCUCCAAGGGAACCUCCCCCCACUCAGCCCGUUCCUGUGCAACUGCCGCGACAUGUAUCUAGGGCAGCACCGCACGCCGACUACUGGCCUUCGGCACUUUAUGCUGCCGCAGACAGGAGCGUGCACGGGCCAAGAUACGAGGCUCGACCCUACACCAGAGCCCGCUCAAUCGACUCCGGUUCCUAUGGCCGACACGAGCCGGCGGACUACUAUUUGCCUCACAGUGGCUACAGUGGAAGACAUUCGAAUCUCUCCGAUCGUCCCAGCAGCCGCAGUCGACAGCACAUUGAGAAUUACACUGCCCUCUAGUUUGGCACCAUUCUUAUAAAAUGGUGGCUAAAUGUAUAUAUGCCCAUGUACAGCUGUACAGUAUAAGGACUUGAAGGAGCACUGAAGGACCCCUCCAUAAUUAUUUUUUUCCAUUUUCAACUGUGGCAUGCAGUACAAUAAGUGACAUGCAUUCUUGAGCACAAAGCUGACCUGUAGCGUGGUGGAGAGGCCUUUGAUCUGAGCUUCCCCUCGUUCAGAGAGCACAUGAUUAGAGCUUGAAGUUUUACAGUUUAACUUGAAUCUUCCUCGAAUUUGGACUCCGAAUUGAAAGUGGCCUCUUUAGGGUGAAACACGAUUUUUACCCGGGCAGAUUGCCCUCACUGACACACCUGUAGGAAUGCACACUAAUUGUGUUUGGCAGCAAAUGCAGUUACAUCAUCAUUUGUCCCUAGCAAUUACAGUUCAUAUGAGUGACUGAGUCCAAAUUUAGCACACUGGAAGUUUUUCCACCUGAGCUCGGAUGAAUUUUGUGCACAUGCUUAUGUACCUAAUUUUAUUCCACGAAUUUAGAAAAAAAAAUCUUUCCCAAAAACUUUAGGCUCUACACAUGAUGCGUGAAUAAUAGGUACUGAUGUCACCUUUUUGACGUGAAGAGUCAGCAACAAGUAGCACUAUGCGGUAAUCGUGGAUGACAAAGCUUCCGUGGCAAAUGAGACCUUGCCUCGAUACAACGAUGCUAUGUCGUACCGGCUGAUUCGGCCUCCAAGGCCCAUGGCUGCCUUUUUCCAGGGCAUUUUGUAAAUUUAACUGAGCAGUGACAAGAAAAUAUAUUGCACCAUGGCUCCUGAUAGGCUGCUUGAAGAAUGAAGCAGGUUUUUUCAGCAAUGUUUAGUAUGACUUCCUUGCUCCGUUAAGUCAAUGCAUUUUUUAACACUGUCUUAAUGAUGCCGCCAAACAUGUAUAUAUGUGAAUGAACUCUAUGCCUGCAACACUUCAGUGCUCUGUGGGUUAAUGAAUGAGGGAGAUGUUUGUUUACUUAAGAGUUAUAAGGUAGUACAGAACACACAUGCAGAAAUAUGUUCUACCAAAUUAGGAUUAAGUUAUGCAGCGUUAUGCACAUUCACUGCUUGAUUUUGUCUUGCUCGUUAUUUUUUGCUGUUUUACCCACUGCAUUCUCAGAAGUUUUUAUUAUGUUUGCUUUACACAUAGCUUGAGACCUGUUGAUGUAUGUCAUUGUUGACUGCUUCAUGGAGGUAUCCUAGGUCUCGGAUUGUUGGUCAUACGCAGAGUGUACUGUGCCAUUGUCUGCAGUACUGACCAUCAGAGCAUGAGCAAAUAUUUGGACCUUACGUUUUACUUUGUUUAGAUCUUUAUGCUGUCUUUUUUUUUCUUGCUUGUAGUUAUGCUUCUAAUUUAUGUAAAAAAUUUUUUAAAGCUGAGCAUAAUUAUGUCAUUUAGAUUAAUUUUUAACAUGGGAAGAGUACGGUAACCUUCACACUGAUCUCAUUGCAUUACAGUCAAAAUUAAUUUUAGUUUAGUGGAUCAAUAAAAUUCCAUGUUGAAGCACAGGUGAAAGCUAUAUUAUAAUGAAUCUAGAAGAACGAAAUUAUGACAUCACGAUUCAUCCAACAAAAUUGUUCCAGAAGAAUGCAUUCUGUGAAAAUUCGUGGCACUACUGCCACAUGUAUAACACUUUUCUAUAAACACUAUGAAAUGGCAGUUUGCAGCAUAGGAGCUGCCAUAAUGCUAUGACAUUGACGUAUAAGACUAACUUGUAACUACAUAUCUAACUAACUAUUGUCUAGUCGGUUGUGUUCAAAUCGCUCAUGAGGUUGCUUUUAAAAUCCUAUACCCGUGCCAAUAGUACAUGGUCUCAUCCAUAUCCUUGUUAAGGUUAAGUUGUCGUUUAGCCGUGGAAGGUUCAACACACUGUUUUACAUUCAGAUGGACAAUUGCAGACUAAGGGCAAAUUCGUGUGGUCAUUUCAACUUUUUGUGCCCAAUCCAGAGUAGUCAUGUUUGCUUGGUCAAAGCGAAUCAAUUUUGCAUGUUGGAGUGGUGCUUUCCGAGCGCCCUGAAUUUGCCAGCUAGCACCUUUUCGCCCGGCCUUGAUACGAUCGGGCAGCGGGUCUUCCCACUAUAUCUGGUGUCAUCAAAUCUGCACUGCAACAGUGGCGAGUGCCCGCAUUGGCCCACAUGGUGAAGCUCACGUGAAUUAGUAGACUACGAAACCCGAAGAUGAGCUACCACGACGGCCCUCAUGUGAUACAAGCGGCUACGACCACUAGAUUUCUGGCACUCACGUUCAGGUGGCAACGGUCACGUGAUCCAGCACGGGCAACUUCCGAGCAAUUUCUGAGCACUAGGCCAUGUUGCCAUAAAAUGACAACCCAAAUUUACCAUUAGUGAAGAGUUGUGAAAAUCAGUGAAGCACAGGGUCGAAUUUUCUUGGUGUCAGUGCUUGAUAAGCAUUUUCUUUUCAGACAUGCAGCCAGUUUUCACUUGGUUUAGCCCCAAACUUGACAUCCCUCUUGGUAUGUCAAGAGCGUUGUGACUGGGAAUGUUGCCUGGUGAACCUUCGUGAUUUUCUGGCAUCUUUGCCCUUUCUGUGUUUUUGCUGAAUUUAUUUUAUCAAUUGCUUGCUGUACAUGUAAACCUGUCUAACCUCGCUUUUGCAGAAACAUUUUGUUUUGUUAGUUUUUGUUCGUUUUAUUGUCUUUGCAUCCACUUCAAUGUUCUGCACAUGUGGAGAUGAUUUUUACUGUAUUGAAGUACCCCAAUUGGGGAAAAGCUACCCUAUGUAGACUUGUUGGUUUCUACAACCAGAAAAGCUAAACAAAGGGAGACACAAAAGAAACAUCAUAUAUCUUGAUCAAAACUUAAAAUGGUCAUAAUUUCUGGCUCACGAAAGUUGAAAGGCAUAACAACAUUGAUAAGGUAAUUAUUGCAUUAUUAUUAUUACCUUUAAAACUUCAUUUUUAAACCUUUCUAAACAUACCAUUUUUAGACCUCAGUGUUUUUCGGUUUUCAAAAAUUGGAAGACAAAAAAAAUUGGAUUUUAGUUUCAAGAGAGACUGGUAAUAUUGAGUUGAAAAGGAAGCUUUUUUUUGACAAAGAACAAAAAGACGCGCUUUUGGCGUUUGCAGUGAACACGGGAUGCUGAGGAGCCGUGCUGACCAUGCAAUGCUUAGGAUUCUCCGAGGCCCAUAUUGGUGGCUUGGACUUCCACUUCGGCAAGUUCAUUGUCGCGGCUGUUUAGGUUCGACUCAAAGCAAGAAUGAUGCGAAGCAUAGGGUAAAAAUGAGGUUUUAUGGUUUACGGGUUCGUACGGGUUUUUAUGACUUAUGGGUUAGUAUUGGUUUUUACUAAAUUUAACCCGAAAAUACAAGGUACUUUUUUAAAUCUGUACUUUUAAAACAUAUUAAAACAUUUUAAACAAAACAUUUAAUGCAAUGUAAUUAAUAAGAGCAAUUACUUGUCAAUUAAUUGUUUUUCAGUUGAAACUACAAAUUUUCAUUACUCAUUAUUUUCAAGUUACUAUUGCAAUUUUUUUUUAAGACAGGCAGGUCAACCAAACUUUAUCGACACAUAUUCGUAUAGCACCUUUAAUCCCUGCACGUACAAAUACAAUAGUGUAGUACAACAACCUGUGCAAUAUUGGAAGCUACCUGAAACUAUAUGCUAUGUUGGACUGUACCACAUAUUUCUGUAAUGUAACUCUACAGUAUUGGUUUCCAGCUAGAAUAUCUUGUAUCAAUAUUUACUAGCCAGGGUACCAGAGAUGUCCUUUUAUAUUUUGUUUAUCACAAUUCCAUUUGCAAGCUCUGCUUCCUCUUUGUAUGUUUGGAACAUACUUCACAUUAGGGUUGUGCAAAAAUUUGCCAUAAAUAGUAAAAUGACGUGAAUGUUGUGUGUACUGAUAUUUUGCCCUUUAGCAUUUAGGAACUCCGUUGUAACCUGUCAACUGUGACAGCAAGAAUUGUGUGAUAUUGUGCAAGUUGUACUGAACAACAUGUAGCAUUAUUUAGGUUGUAUUUCUAGUCAAUCUGGAAUGGACAAAUGUUACACCCAUGUUCAACCUAAGCGCGAUACAUUGGUUGCUGUAGGACACAUUGUAUUUUCUACCUUUACAUGUUGCUGUGAAAGUAACGCUUGCCACGGAUGCAUUUGGCACAAACGAAUGUCAUGUGCCCACUACUUUAUGUAUUGUGUUGAUAUGGCCAAUUGCCCUAGUAGAAAGGUGUGCCACCUAUAGCCAGUGGUGGGUUAAGGCCCUCAAUUUCGGGGGUGGGGGAGACGAUUUCGUUGUCAAGUGCGUAGUGGGAGAGGGGAGAGAGAGAGAAUCCAGUGUAUGAACUGACGUUUUUUGUGGGGAUCGAUCGCUCCUUCCCCCAGGAUCCACCAUUGCCUUUGGUGUUCUAUAGGUUGACCACAGUUGUAAUCGGAUUUUUUACUUUGCUGUGCUUGGUUCAUCACAGUUUUAGUGUUAUUUUUUUAUAAAGAAGUUAAAUACAAUACAGAAAGAUG